CGUUCACAUGCGGAGGAGCGACGUAGGACGUAUGUCAAUUCCUCGUUAACGGCCACAGCGUCGCACCCGGAGUGGAUGGGUGUCUCAAGUUUCCUGUCUGCACUGUUGACUACACUCCCCUGGUAUGUGCUAUGACCGACAUCCUCGAGCGUGACAACUGCUCCGAACAAGACGAUCACGAUGACAUCUACAGAGGAGGUGGUCCUCCCCCGCUUCGACCAGCCUCCGUCCGAUCCGUCUCAAGUCACGCCGAGACCGUCUCUUCUUCGUCCUCCUCCAGCAGCAUCUUCGGCAUUGGCGCCCUCGCCUCAGUAGUUGAGAACGCAAUUUCGCGCUGGGCCAAGAAAAAUGGAUCGGACUCGGACUCCUCCUCUAGCACAUCCUCGACUUCCGUCAGCUCUUCUGUCAUUACUCUUUCCCGCUCGCGUACAGCUCGGAGGAGAAGGAGGGCCUCCAUCCGCUCGGCCGCUUCUGAACGCGACAUUGCUGCUCGCAUCCGUGCCAGGCAGGAAUCCCGACUGGCCCCGCGAUCCUUCACCCUUUACCUUCCCCCUACCAUCGCCCCAGGGUCAAUACCCUUGAAUGAUGUCGGAGAUUCUUUCGAUAAAGAUUCCAUUCUUCACACUACUUCGCUACCUCUCGUAACCUCCCAGCUGGAGGCCGCCCUGAGGAGGUCGGCGAAGGCUCAAAGGACACAAAACAAGGCUCGCACGCGGAAGGGAGCCCCAGCAGGUCCUUCUCGAAAUCAUCAUGACUAUAUGCUGCCCGAAUCGAUCAGAGCUCCAAGUAGACCAGCGUCCUUCACCGAUUUAACUGCACUUCGAAACGGCAAGGGAAAGCAGAAGGAAGUACCACUAAGGGCAGGAUCGCUUUGGGAUGCAGAGGUGCGCAAACAGUCUCGUGCCUGGUGGCUAGAUGUCGCAAGCCCAUCUUGGACCGAUAUGCGUGCUAUUGGCAAACUUCUCCACCUUCACCCUCUAACGCUUGAGGAUAUCCUCCAGCAAGAACCUCGUGAGAAACUCGAGCUAUUCGACAGGCUUGGAUACUACUUUAUCGUACUUCGUGCUAUUGAAACCACUUCUCAGCGACAACACCCGCCGUUAGGCAACGAUUCCCAUCACGAAACCGACUUCUUCGAAAGGGAGGGUGCAUUAGGAGAAUCCAAUGUCUAUCUUGUAGUGUUUCGUGAGGGAAUAUGCACGUUUCAUUUCACGGACAUAUCAGAUCAUACCGAACGUGUCCGCAACAGGAUGUCCAUGCUCAAGGAUAGUUUCAACAUGUCUGCUGAUUGGAUAUCACACGGACUCUUCGACUCGGUCGUCGACUCCUUCUUUCCUAUCUUGCGUGACGUAGAGAAGGAAGUGAUGGCUGUUGAGGCAUUAGUGUUCUCGCCUCCCAACGGGGUCGAAAGCGCUGUCCAGACGCGGUCUUAUCCAAACACAGUGCCUUCAACCCAAGCAGAGAUGUUAGAGAAGCAGGCGAAUGAGGAUGGUUCAAUCUCUUCCCAUCUUGAGAAACCUCUUCCAGUUUCUCUGCGAAAACCAAGGACACGUUUUUUCCUCCCCCGUUUCACAUGGCCCCUGUUCCUUCGUCGUGUCAAGCGCAAAAUCACUGCAUUCAGGCUACCGUUAUUUUCUGCACACGACGCUCGUCCCGAAACGAGCCAAACCCAUACAGCUUUGCGUCGGAUGGCUAGGACCCGUCGACUUGUCACUUCCCUCAGUCGCCUACUGGCGGCUAAGUCUGAGGUGCUCACUCAGAUCCGCAAAAGGUUGUUAUCAAGCGGGCAGGUUGGGCUAGCCAGAGUGACCAACCACGACGAGGAUGUCGAAAUAUCGAUCUACAUGGGUGACAUCCAGGACCACAUCCUAACUCUUCAGCACUCUUUGUUUCACUACGAGCGCAUGCUAAGCCAGUCCCAUCCAGCGCAUCUAUCCCAGUUGCGGACUGCCGUUUCGUUAGCGAAGAAUGGUUCCGACAAAGCCAUUUUUGCUCUGACUGUUAUCAGUCUGGGGGUGGUCCUUUCCCAGACUGUAAUCGGUAUAUUCUCUAUGAAUGUCCACAUACUCGCAAACAGCAUCGAUCCCCCAGGACCUUACUACGUCUUCGGGAUCGUUAUUUCUGCGUGUUUUGUCGCUGAAUGCGCUUUCAUUUUCAUAAUCCGCUUUUGGUGGAUCAAAGCCAAGAGGCAUCGCGCCAUGAGACAACAAGCUCUCUAAUCGCUUGCAUGAUAUCCAUUUUAUGAUUAGCGAUGGUAUAAGUUACCCCAUAGUUUGAUGAUUCCACGAGUUUAACCUACACUACACAUUGGAUUGGUAUCUGCUGUCAUUUUCCGGGAUAGAGGAUAAUUGGUAUAUGCGAAUUUAGAGGGCUUGGAGAAGUUCGUCACGUUUCGUAUUGCAAUAAUUGAUUACUUGCUGAGUCUCUUCCAUGACGCUCUUGACUCUUGUUCGAUAUUGUUGAUGUCUCAUCUGAAGUUGCUCGAAGCUCAUGUGUAAUUUUUCCUCUUGCGCACGAACGAGCCCUUCUUCCUGGUGAAGUCUCUCUACCUCACCUUGAAGCCGUUGUAUACUGGAACCAACAUUUCGACGUAGACUUCUUAGCAAACCCAGCUCUUCGCGAUACGAUGCGCAAAUCUCAUCCCAAUCACGGUCAGCUUCCUUUAGCUCAGCUUGUGCUGCUUCAUAUUUAGUUACCUGUUCAGUCCAGUCUCGAUCCAUAGCCCAAGAUACUGACUUCGCCGAGUAAGCGCUAAACCUGAGAGCCUCGUUAGACCGUUUCAGGCUACUCCUUCGGCGGGUUAACCCAGGACGAGGAGUUCGUCCUGCAUCAAAUUCUAACAAAGGAAGGUCGCCUGAGCUUGAAGUUGGAGAUUCGUGUAGUUCUGGAACGGGAAACUCGGGUGCAGGUGGUUCGUGUGUUUCUGGGAGAGGAAACUCAGGUGCGGGUGGUUCGUGCGUUUCCGGAAGGGGAAAUUCAGGUGCUGGUGGUUCCACAACGGCUUGGAAGAGCAUCGAACUCGAUCCAUGGAGAGGGUGUGGAAGAGGCUCUGGAGAUGUGGCGGGAAACGCUGGUGCUGGCAUUUCCAUAUGGCCUUCUACGUUUUCUCUGCCGAUGAACAAUUCAUUUAGUCGUUGCUCCUGCUCAAUUUGCUCGCCAAUUUGCUCGGUUGAAUGCCGGGCAUGGAAGUCUUCCUCAGUGAUAUCCUCAUGAAACCGGCUGUCGUAGUUGGUGGCACGAUGAUAUUUGACUGAGCCAGAGGUCUUCUCGGCGUGACUUGACGAGCUCUGUUUCAACUGAGAUGAACGACGGGAAGAUGCUUGUUUCUGGGUCAUCCUUUCGGAUGAACGACGCGAGUGGACUGAAUGACUUGAGACGCGUCGAUGAACAGCCUGUUGUUGGUGUUGGAGGCUGUCAACCGCAGUAUUUAUCUUGAGUUGCCCGAACCCCUCAGUUAUCACUUCUUCCUGACGGAUCCACUUCUCCAUUUCCUUAAGCCUGAAAUCAGGGGGUGCAUGCAGAGUAACGAAGGGGGACGUUUCUGAAGACCGGAGGGAGUUGUAUUGCUGAGCAAGUCGCUGACAUUUCCUUAUCAUGCGGUCUUUGAGCCUACGAAUAUCGAGUAUGCGAGCCCAGGAUGCAUCUGCGGCUUUGUGGAGUUCUGCAGCCUCUGCUUUAAGAAGUAGUGCAUACAACGAGGCAGUCCGCGGUGGAAUAAGGACCUUGAGCUCGUUGGGGGUAUCAGUGCAUUGUAUGUAUCGCCAGCCUGACCUGGAGGUGCCGUCAUGAGGCUCUAACUGGCCCCUGACUGGACUGACUUGUAGAUACUCCUUGGGAAUGGUCGUUGCUGUUUCAUCCAUAAC